AUGGCUGUUCAUCGUUCCUUUGUUAUUUUUGCACUUGUUGCUGCCAUUGCUCCAGCAAUCACAUUUGCUGAGGAGUUCAUAGUUGGUGGUGAUGAAGGAUGGAAGCUAGGAGUCGACUACCAACAGUGGGCUAAAGACAAGCAAUUCGUAAUCGGAGACACUCUAGUUUUCAAAUACAAGGUCGGAGCUCACAAUGUAUACAAAGUGAAUGGAACUGACUUUCAGAACUGCACUGUUCCAACGAACAAUAGCUUAGGCUCUUUCACUGGAAAUGACUCAAUUAAGUUGUCAGCCGCAGGAAAUAAAUGGUACAUUUGUGGAAUAACCGGCCACUGCGACAAAGGAAUGAAGUUAAAGAUAACUGUGCUGUCCUCUGUCUCUGCCCCUGCUCCUGCUCCAAGCUCUGCUGCAACUUUAUGUUCCAAGGACGCCAUCUUCCAGGUCCUUUUAGGGAUAAUAUUCGCCAUUGUCGCCACGCUCAUGCUUGGCGGUUGGGUGAUGGUCAUUCCCUUCUGUCAUGGAGGGUGGCAUGUGAAGGGAGAUGCCCUCUUGUGUUUGAGAUUCGGCUUCUGGCAUUGGAACGCCCCACUUGACUCUUUUGGGCUCUUGAAGGUUGGGGGUAUCCGAAAUCAGGGCUUUGAUGGCAAAGAGAAAAAACGAAUGACUUGGAAGGCAAAACUUGGUGGUCAUAAGAAUAGGCUGAUGCAUUUUUGGCACCAUACAUUUCAUGGACCUGUCAUUCAGAGCAUGAGCAUGAGCAUGCAGCAACCAACUUCAAAAUCUGGAGAAAGUGGGCCUCAAGAAGAAACAGUCUUUGUUCCAAUUGCUUUUUAA